CAUGUCGGUGAAGUUUCUGAAGGAAAAGAUUUUCAGUCGACGGGGAAAAUCCGAGAAGCCAAAGAAUGCGUACAUCGUCAUUGAGGACUUCAUGAAGCUGCCGAUUUACUUUUACCGUACGAUUGGUCUGAACCCGUACGAGUUGACGGGAACCAACAAUAAGCCCGGAAUUGGAUUUCACCUCCUGUUCCUGCUCCACAUGAUCAAUGCGAAUAUGGUGCUGGCACUGGAGAUAUUCUUUGUUUACGUGUCCUUCAGGAACAACGAGAACUUUAUCGAGUCCUGCAUGGUGAUGAGCUACAUCGGCUUCGUGAUUGUGGGCGAUCUGAAGAUCGGCGCCGUCCUCCUGCAGAAGCAGAAGCUGACCAAUCUGGUCCGCCAAAUGGAGUCCGUCUUUCCGCCUGCAAGGCAGAAGGAGCAGGAGGAGUACGACGUGCGUCGCUACCUGCGUCGCUGCCUCCGCUACACGAAGGGAUUCGGCGGACUCUACAUGACACUCGUCAUCACCUACAAUUUGUUUGCCAUCUGCCAGUACUCCAUUCAGAAAUGGAUUCUGCACUCGCCGCACGCCAAGCAGUCCGUCCCCUAUGUGCCCCUGACUCCCUGGACCUGGCAGGACAACUGGAAGUUCUACCCCACGUAUCUGUCCCAGUCGAUGGCUGGGUACACGGCCACCUGCGGCCACAUCUCCGCCGACCUCAUGAUCUUCGCCGUGGCCAUACAGGUCAUCAUGCACUUUGACCGUCUGGCCAAGUCCCUGACCGAGUUUACGGUGCGAGCACAGUCCGAGGAGGAUGGCGCUGAGAAGGACUUAAAGAAGUUGCAGGAACUGAUCGCUUAUCACAACAAGAUUCUCGGGUGGGUUUCCAGAUACCCUUACCAGACUGCUUUCACUCUCACUUUCACCUCCCCCCUUAGCCUCACCGACGUGAUGAACGAGGUCUUCGGCUUGGCGCUGUUACUGAAUUUUUUGGCAUCGUCGACGCUGGUCUGCUUUGUGGGAUUCCAGAUAUCUAUCGGCAUCAGUCCCGAAAUGCUGGCCAAACUGAUUCUAAUUCUGAUCUCGGCCAAUUCGGAGAUCUAUCUAAUCUGCAAUUUCAGCCAGAUGCUAAUCGAUGCUAGUGGCAGCAUUUGCUAUGCAGUCUAUGAUAUGAACUGGUCGGAGGCCGAUCCCAGAUUCCGUAAGAUGCUCAUCGUACUGGCCCUUCGCGCCCAGAAGCCUGUCUGUCUCACGGCCACUGUCUUUUUGGAUAUCUCCAUUGAGACCAUGAGCAUCUUUCUGCGGAUGUCGUAUAAGUUCUUCUGUGCAAUUCGUACGAUGUAUCAGUAAACCAAAUGAAUUAUAUAAGCAUAUAUCAGAUUUUAAGUGCACAAUGUUUUUAAAGCCAUUUGGUUUUAGUAGAGAUUUUCGCACUAUAUCGCAAUGCUUUUGUAGGAUAUGCUCUUUCAUCAGAGCCAUUAAAACACAAACUUUUUCUUAGCCGCCAGGAGUCUGGUCUAGCAGUUU